GUUCUAAAGCAUUUGCAUUGUCUGCUCAUUAAUUUUGUCUCUGUCAAAAGUUGCUGAGCUUUAAUAUGAAGACAUGUAUAUUAACUGCUAAACCUAAAUAUACCCUCUUGUGACAUAUCUGAAGUUAAGGCUUAAUAACACCUCAACUGUUUAACUUCAAGUUUUUGAAUUAUUAGAACCUAUAAUUCAGGUAAUGAUUCAGGAACAGGGUGUUGGAUAGGAACUUUGCAGAUGUUAUAAUGAUAACUGCAGUAGCAAAUAUCUAGUGCAGAGUGAGUGCAUUGAUCUGAAUUAGAGUUGAACUUGGUUUACUUUACUAGUCAAAAUAUAUAUGGAAGGUAAAUAUUGAAGCUUAGGGUAACUAUAAGUUGGCUGUGUAGACCCUCUUAACUUCUUGUCAUGCUAGCUAGACCUUUUUUUUAAUAUAAAAAGGGAUUCUUCUUAGGUAGGGAUCGUGCUGAUGUUGUUCUGCUAACUGCAUAGCUAACUGCAAAAAUUCGGUGCAAAGUGCAAACUAAGGGCAUUUGAUGUGGAAGGCAAUUAUUGAAGCUUAGAGUAACUAUCCAAACCUUCUAAUUGUUGUGCUAUUUGGCUUUCAAUCAACAAAAUAAGAUCUAAAAAAAUAGUAGGAAUUGUUUAUGGUUACAAGAGUUUUAGCUUGAUUAACUCCAGGCUAUUUUGUAUUGCUACCUUCUCUCCUUAUGUAACAACCCAGCCCACUAGUGAUAUUGUCCGCUUUGGGCCUAGGCCUGCACGGCUUUAAAACGCGUCACUAGGAGGUGAGGCAUGCUUACUUAUAUACACCUAUCCUGUGUUUUGCUGAUGUGGGACUUUCCUCCUAAGCUGGGGUGUCACACCUUACCUCUUCACUGGGCAAGCAAAUCUUGUACAGGCAGAAUUCAAAACCUUGUUUGUACUAGUCUAGAAAAGAUCAAAAUUGCUACCUUCUCGCCUUACCUCUCUUUCACUGGGCUGCUAACUUGUCAUUGUAUAACUGCAAGGAUCAAAAUUUAUGAAGGAUAGCAAAGGAAUUUUCACUGUAAACUCAGCAUACAGAGACCUGAAUGUCUCAAGUUUUCAAGAAGAGGGAUGGCAAUGGAAGAUGAUAUGGAAGACAAAAGUACCUUAUAAAGUGAACUGUUUUAAUUGGCUGUUGGCAAAAGAGGCAGUGCUGACUCAUGAAAACCUGAACAAAAGAGACCAGCUGUGGAAGAUGUUUAUCAACCUGAGGAAGAUCAGAUGGUGGAAGCCUGGGAGCAGAGAAGGAGUGUUAAAGUGCUGGAACAGGGAUGGGAAUGUAACAGGAAAAGAGGAGAGAUGGAAGAUUGUCCCAUCAUGUAUCUGGUGGACUGUUUGGAAAGAGAGGAACCAGAGAUGUUUUGAGAACUAGCAGAACAAUUUACAGAAGUUAAAGAUGAAUUGUCUAGCUCAUUUUUUAUUUUUGGUGUAAACAGGAAAUUUUAGGUCAGACAGAAGAUGUUUUUGAUGUGUUAGAUCUCCUGUAAGGAUAGAAAACAAUAGAGAUCAAUGCUGUAAAUGUAACCUUUUGGAGGGGGACUACAUAUUUUGAUGCAGUACACCUGUGGAUAUAUAGAUUAACUGUUACAAGUCUCAAAAAAAAAAAAAAAAAAAAAAAAAAAAUAUUAUGAAGUGAUCUUUUAUGUCUCCUCUUCCCUAUAUCAAUUUCUCAUUAAAAAUAAUAUUU